AUGCCUGAGAAACAGGGCGGAGCGCCAGGAUCUAACGUAGAAAUGCUCGUGGCUAAACGCAAUAGCCAAACUACUGCUCCAGGCGAUGAAUUCUGGGGCAGCAUUUGGAUGAACACACAAUUUACUACCUUGUUACGCUAUCCCAAUACAGCACUUGAUCGAGUCAAUCUACAUCGUCUUUAUGCGGAUCUUGUCCGUCUCCCACAGGCCGCCAGCAUCUACGGCGGUUGCUUAACUUAUAUACCCCAACUCAGUCCAUCACUUGUGUCUUCCUCGCCACUUCUACCGGCUCUAUCAGCUCUUAUUCUUACAUUCGUCGUGCGGAAAGACAACAGCCAACAUGCAAAAGAGCAAGCCAUAAACAGUUACCACAGGGCUCUCCAGCUUACUCGCCAGAUAAUCGAUCGUAACACUACAAGUAGGCGAAACGAGGUCAUUCUCACCAUGUUGGUGCUUAGUCUAAUACAUUCAAAGAUGCCCGCCUGUCUCAUCAUCGACAUAACCCAUACCGUCCAGGAAUUCCCGUUUACGAUGCCAGAGCUUCUCACCUUACAUGACGCACUGCUUCAGACCCCUUUCGCCUCUCCAAGGUCCCAACUGCAGGUUUACCUCUGCAAGCUAGCAAUUCUCCACUUGCAAAUCUCAGGGGUUGCUAGCAACCUGAGCUCAGGACAUACCUCGUCAACUACUAGCACCGGUAUUAUUGAUUCGAUAAAUGCGACCACCCACCAACUUUCGCAAUGGCCGAGCUCCCUUCCCGCAGAUUGGAUUCAUAGCACCAUGGUAGUCCCUUCCGAGGACUGGAAUCUAUGGACACCAGUAGCACACGUUUACUCAUCAUUCUGGGCCGCCAAUGACUGGACGCGCUAUCGCGCUUUGCAAAUAUGUACAUGUCACCUUCGUCUCCGCAUCUAUCAUCUCCUGAUCGCCACCAAUCGUGACAAUAUAGCAUCAAUUUCUCUGGGAAGUCUAUCUAGCGAUAUAUCUACGACACGUGUGAAGAUCCGCAAUCUUGCCAAUGAUAUAUGCGCAUCUAUGCUGUACCAUUUGGGAUAUAGGUGCAUGGAGUCAGCUGAAAGACAGUACCCAAUCGAGGCGUAUCCUCAGGGGAAGUACGCCAGGUUAACAUCUGCAACUCAAGUUACAUGGCCAUUAUACAUAGCAGGUAUCGUGGAGGGGGUAGAUCCCGCUCAGCGGAUGUGGAUUGCGAGCCAGCUGGAUGUCAUCGGCGACGAGAUUGGGGUUAAACAAGCGAGUGCGAUGGCGGAGGUGGUUAGAGAGCUUGCGCUCAGAGAAUUGAGACCAGGCUCGCCGGGGGGGGGGUGA